CAGUGUAUGUUAGGCGUGCAGAGUUGUGUGCAGUGCAUGCAUAGUCUCUGUAUGUUUUAGUCCUUGGUCCACCUGCAGGAGGAGCUGUCGCUUGCUGCAGCCUUCUCUGGAGCAGAAGAGAGAGAUCCCUCUUUUUCCUCUUCAGUGGCAUGAAUAAUAUCCCCAGUGCUGGAGAGAGAGCACAUCAAGAGGCUAACGGGAAGGGGAGAGAGAUAGCAGCCAGUGUGACAGAUAAGAGCGUGGCAGAACUUGUCUUGCUGACUGAACCAGGGGGCUGGGGAAACAGAGAGCCAGUGCACCAGAGUGUCAGGCAAGACUACUGCCUGCACACACACACACACACACUCUCACACGCACAAACACACGCACGCACGCACGCACGCAAACACGCAUACACACACACACACACGCACAUACACUCAUGCACACAGACAGACCCCUCAGCCCAGCACCAGCAGAAGUUCAGAGAGAAGACUGACCUCAAGAAGAGGAGUUGUGUGUUUCCCAUCUAGAAAAACUUGCCUCGUGUUUACAGCCUGAGAAAGGAUGGAGAAGCUGUCAGGGAAAGAGAAGGAACUGAUACGAGGCAGCUGGGAGAGCCUGGGCAAAAACAAAGUUCCUCAUGGUGUCAUCAUGUUUUCCAGGCUGUUUGAGCUGGACCCAGCACUCCUCACUCUUUUCCACUACACUACAAACUGUGGCUCCUCACAAGACUGCCUCUCCAGCCCUGAGUUCCUAGAACAUGUCACCAAGGUGAUGCUUGUGAUUGAUGCAGCAGUCAGCCACCUGGAUGACCUUCACACCUUGGAGGACUUUCUGUUCAACCUUGGGAGGAAGCAUCAGGCAGUGGGAGUCAACACACAGUCAUUUGCUAUGGUUGGUGAGUCCCUUCUCUACAUGCUACAGUGUAGUCUUGGCCAGGCCUACACGGCGCCGCUGCGUCAAGCCUGGCUCAACAUGUACAGCAUCGUGGUAGCAGCCAUGAGCCGAGGAUGGGCCGAGAACGGGGAGGACAAGGCCGACUGAGUUGGACUGGGAGUUGCUGAGCAGUUGCUGUCAAAUCACUCAACAUGGUUGCCAUGGAAUAAGGUUGCAUAACUUGCAGCAUUGUGGCUUCGGCUGCUGUACAUUUGCUCUGUGAGUGAGGUCACAUAGCGUAGCUCUGGUGUGGGUACACUUUACUAUUGGAUCGACCAAUCGCAGAGUUUAUUUUCUUUACUGAGGAUGUUUAGCUACCAGACAAUGCUGCUGUACAGAUGUGAGGAUCUGAGCCAGCCUGCUUUGGUUCUUCUAAGCCUGGACCUGUAAUCUGAUCGCCUCACAUUGAGAAAAAGCAACAGGAUAACUGUUGAGUCUCUUUGUAUAUAAUGGCUUUGAUAUACAGUAUCUACUUAAAUAACCGUGACGGUAGUGGUCUUUGUGAUGUAUCUUAAAAGAGUUGCACAGUUGUAAAAUACUAAAUAUUAUAUUUAGGCAUCACACGCUACUCAAACUGUGAUGGUUACUGUGGCCAGCACGGCAGCUCUCUAUCUAACUGGAACACAGUGAUACUUUACAUAACAUGUUAAAGGUUUUGGGACAAAGCAAUGUGAUUUUACAGAAGAAAAUCCUAUCACCUUAGUCAUAAUCAUUACUGUGUUUUCUAUUGAUAUUUAACAUCAUUACACCUACUUUACUGUGUGACUUUGUUGUCUGACCUAUUAAUUAAAAAUUAUAUUCAAUAGAUACUGACAAGAACUGUUAUACUCUCUGAUAGGUCUCCUCAGAGAUCUUUGACUGUUAAGGUGUCCAUGUGCACCUUACUUAACAUGGUGUGUGAUGCCCUCCUCCGUAGAGAUUGUGAUUUCUUCAGUAGGCUACAGCUAACUGUUAAACUCUAAACUAAUAGACUGUUAUGUUGACUAUUUACAUUAGAGUAAAGGGACAUCUUUGUUCCUUGGAUCUCAGUUUCCAGUCAUUGUAAGUGUAAAGUAGUUUUCUCUCUCUUGUAAUCGCUUAUCUCAGUAAUGCAUAUUAAUUGUGUUGUUGUGGCUACAAACGUAGUAUUACCUCAGCUUUGGGUGUGAAGAUCAGCAGAGUGGCCUGUGUUUCUCCAACACAGAGCAUGGAAGUGAACAUAUAUGUUGGAUUAUGAAACAAAGACAAACUUAAUUGAUGAUGGUUUUGUUUCUGUAUGUACCAUCUUCAGCUGUUAUUGACAUUCAUGGUCAUUAUGCCAAGUAACUUAGCAACAGUGCGCCAAGUAUUAUAUAAUAAUACCAUAUAACUGUAAAUCCAAGCUGCUGAUUUGUGGUUAUUAUUGCUUUAGUCUGAGUUUACAUUUAUAAAGUUUAUUUUUAUAUUCUGAAAUGUAUGUGUUGUUAAAGAGCAUUUGAUUUCUUUUUCAAAUGUGACAUACAGUUUAUCCUCCAGAUAUAUUAUCUUUUUGGGAUAUCCAGUUAAUGAACCCAAAUGUUCUGCUUUUAAUCAGGUUUAUUUAAUCAAAAGUAAUAGGGAUAGAUAUUAAGUUCUAAAUGUGCAAUCCGUACAGAAAAUUAUAAAAGCAGUUUUCUAUUGACCCCCCCCCGUUCAGUCUGUAACUGACUGUGUAUGUGGUGUAUUUAUAGUGAUUCUUUUCUUAGUAUCAGUACUCAGCCCUAUGCAGGUUGUUCUUCGCACAUCUAAGUUUUCAAUUAACUGACAUUAGGUCUUUUUAGCAGGCAUGACCAAUAACUGGCAUGUUAUCCCGUUAACAUCCAGCUCUGUACAUAUUGGGUGUGUCACUGUCUACCUCAUCAUUAUCAGCUGCUAAUGAACAGCGAUGACUUCACCUAGUUAUCCUUCAACCAAAAACGCACAGUAUGAUUAAAAUGAAUGCACACUCUUUGUAAACUGGAUUCCAUCCUCUGAAAAAAAAAACAUGUUGUGUGCUUACUUGAUACUAAAUAAAGUGAUCUGUGGAUAUUUAAAUGCU